AUGAAUGAUGUCCUUGCUCAAUUCGAGGUAAGUACGCUCUUUGCCUUUGGCGCUCAUGGAAGUAGUAUUCGUGGAAAGGAGGGAAUGAGGGGGAGGAGAAGAAGAAGGUGUCGAUGUCGAAGAAGCGAUGGUGGUGAAAGCAGGUGCCGAAAUCAAUCCUUUGAAGCUGAUCUCCCUAAAAAUUCUAUCAUUUCUAUACAACGCGCUCCCACUGAUCGUUCUCUUGGUGGAAGUUACGCUUUUAACAAAACAGUUUGCAACAAAAAUGGAACACAUUGUUGUAUUGUUAUUAUUGUUAUUG